CGGUCCGGGAUUACACCAAAAAAUGGCACAGCUGCAGUAAUUACGACACGCGCACAGGGAGGGGGGGAUCGUCCGUCUGAUAACACGCACGAAAGUGUACAGACCUCAAAGUUGUAGCGGUUCAUCCUGUUUAAUCCGCCACUCGUCUCUUGUGAGCACGGAGGACUGAAAUCAUGCACAAGCUCACAAGGGCGACGCUGGCCUUUAACGGACUCGGCCGCUGUCUGGUGGCAGACAAGCAUGUUUCUGCUUUACAAAUCCACAGCCGAGGAUUCGUGUGCGCGCAGCACGUGGACGACUUGGGCAAGAAUGAAGUUUAUGAUAUCAUUAUAUCCGGGGGAGGAAUGGUCGGAUCUGCAAUGGCGUGUUCCCUGGGCAUGGAUCGCAACUUGGAGGGUAAGAAGAUUCUUCUGCUUGAAGCGGGGAACAAGAAAGUAAUGCACAAAGUCCCAGACACCUACAGCACCAGAGUGAGCUCCAUCAGUCCAGGCUCUGCCACCCUCCUCACUGGUGUUGGCGCAUGGGAGCACAUCACAAAGAUGAGGUGCAAGCCCUAUAAAAGGAUGCAGGUUUGGGAUGCCUGCUCCGAUGUCCUGAUCACCUUCGACAAGGAGGACAUGCAGGACGAGAUGGCACACAUCGUGGAGAACGACGUCGUUGUGGCUGCACUCACUAAACAGCUGGACGACCUGUCCGAUAACGUGCAGGUAAAGUACAGGUCCAAGGUGGUGAAGUACUCGUGGCCCAUGCCCCACCAGCAAGCAAACGCCAUCCCAUGGGUCAAGGUCACGUUGGCCAGCGGAGAGAGUGUUGAGACCAAGCUGUUGAUUGGUGCCGAUGGACCAAACUCAAUGGUUCGGCAGGAAUUGGGGAUUCCAACCGUCAAGUGGAAUUAUGACCAAUCUGCUGUGGUCGCCGUGCUGCACCUAUCGGAGCCCACAGAGAACAAUGUCGCAUGGCAGAGGUUUCUCCCAUCGGGGCCCAUUGCAAUGUUACCGCUGUCGGACACCGAGAGCUCUCUGGUUUGGUCGACCAGCCAUCAGCAAGCACAGGAGCUGCUGGAGCUGGACGAGGAGAGCUUCGUCGACGCCAUCAACUCUGCCUUCUGGAGUAACGAGAACCAGUCGGAGCUCAUCGAGACGGCUGGCUCCCUGUUCCGCAGCACCCUGUCGGCCAUCAUGCCAUCUGCAGGUUCGCCUCGACAGCUUCCCCCCAGUGUGGCAGGCAUCGGUCCAAAGAGCAGGGUCAAGUUUCCUCUGGGCAUCGGGCAUGCAUCAGAGUACAUCAGGCACCGGGUAGCUCUCAUUGGAGAUGCAGCCCAUCGUGUCCAUCCUCUGGCUGGUCAGGGAGCCAACCUGGGCUUUGGGGAUGUGGCUUGCCUGACGCGUAUCCUGAGCCAGGCAGCCUUCGACGGGAAGGAUCUGGGAGCAAUGCAGCACCUGCUGGAGUAUGAAACUGAACGCCAACGACACAACCUGCCCAUGAUGGCUGCCAUCGACCUCAUGAAACGCCUCUACUCCACCAACGCCGCUCCUGUUGUUCUCUUACGCACCUUUGGUCUGCAGGCCACCAACAUGGUCCCAGCGCUAAAAGAACAGAUCAUGGGAUUUGCAAGCAAGUGAUGCAUUUGUUGUGCCGGUGGAUCUUUAAAAACUGUGUGAGAUUGGAUGGCUGUAUAGAAAAAAUAAAUAAUAUAUUUUAA